CCGCCGGAUGUGUUUCUGGAAUUCGUAGAACCGAAAACAAACCGCUGCGCGCACGCUUCCCUUGACUUUCAGAUGUCGGGAGUUUUUCCGGGACUUUUCCUGCACCAACCCUCACUCCGCCACCCCUCUGCUACAAAACUACAUCCGGAUCGCUUGUUCGCGGCUGCUCGCUGGUGGGUAGGGGGCCUGGUGACUCCGGCGUCGGGGGCGGGUUCGCGUGGUCCCGGUUUCGCGGUACAACCUUCAUUUCAGGCGCACGAGCUGGCAGGUGACAACAAGCUUCGGAAUGCUAAUCACGUCUGAAAAAAACCUGGGGUCGAGAUAUGAUCAACAGGGCGGUGCAAUCUGUCGCACAGGGUGGGUGUACAACUGGGGAUAUGUAUUUGACGGCAAAACAGAAGAUUACCUGCUACCAUUGAUAAUAUGCUUAGUGUUUCCCGGGAAUUGGGAUUCUCUUUCGAGAUGCUUAUUCUACGGAAUAGACCGGACAUCUUGUUUCGCGUAGCAUUAAGAACGGGUAGCUUGGCGCUUUCCACCAUUGCCGCCCGCUGCGCAGAGGCCCUGCUUAAGCAUCACGUACGUGGCAAUUGGUCCACUGUGCAUACAGUCAACUUUGAUUAGUAAACUAGUACUGUCAAGGAGAGGAUCACGAAUCAGGGGUAUUGGGAUGGCGGUAUCUGGGUUCGUGGUGGGCUUGCCAUGUACCGGUAUUCGGCUUCGCGUAGAUCCGCGACUAAGAGCCAUGAUAGAUAUUUCUUGGGGAGAGUUCCUGAAGACGGUGUGCCUCGUUGGGGCUUUGUUGGGGCUUUGUUGCUCUACGACUAACCUAUAGGGAUACUUCUGUGGCGAUGGUUUGUGUCCGGGUUGUUGGAGAUAUAUGAGCAUCGCGAGAAUCUGCUGGAGUGGGUUGAGUGGUCACAUGCUGCUGAUCAGGCUACGGUACCACGCAUAGGCUUUCUCUAUAUCUGUGGGCGAACUUUUAGCGGAUGGAGGGUGGAUGCUGGUGGGUUUGAUAUUAGAUUGGUAAACACUCCCAUCAAUCAUCAUGAAUAUGCACUAGGGCGAUGGGCAGAUCACAGACUAGUCUACGCUGCUGACUUCUAUCUGGUCCAAGUAGGGAACAAAUCCCUUGAUUUAGGG